CUCAAACUUAGAAAGCAAACAUGCCUGUAAUCUGUUAACAUUAUUUAUUUGUCAGUCCUUAACUUUGGCUGGCAAAUAAAUUCAAAAAGCACUUUUUCCAACUGAAACCUACUUUGGCAAGUUAGCUUUAGGGAUUGCUGAAUUCGCCAAACUGUGCUUGUGCUUGUGAAGAAAAAACAAAACAAUUAUUGCUAUUAAUUGUUGGCCAGUGUUGACAAAUUAGACUAUUUAUUUUACAUUCAGCAUCAAAAAAAGAAGAAAAAAAAUCUGGUGAAGUGAGUUAUUUGUGCAAUCAACAGCUUCACUUUAUUCACUUUAUUUACUGAGAGCUGAGUUACAAAACAAAAGGGACUUCAGACCCACAAAACCAGAGUUUUAAGAAGGGGCCAUGGGGACCAUUCACCACAAAGAGAAGUGGGAGUGCAAUCAGUACCUGAACGGGGCGGGUCCACCUGCUAACCAGGAGAGGCCCAAUGGAGGUAGAGCGGGAGUGGCCCUUAAAAACGAGCAGAGCAUUGUGGGAGACCAGCCGGACGGAGAUAUGAAGUGGAUCUCCCUUCCCAGGAGCCUUCCCUGUUAUCCUCACUGUGGGACCAUCGAGAUUGAAUACAACUUUAAUGAUGGGAUACAGACGGAGAAGCACCCGAGGCCGGGGAAGCCGUUCGCGGGAUUCCGCACGGUCGCCUACCUGCCCGACGACCGGGAGGGCAACGAGCUGCUGAGGCUGCUGAAGCAGGCCUUCGACCAGGGGCUGACGUUCACGGUGGCCAGCGGCAGCAACGGCUCGGAGGCGGUCACGUGGAGCGACAUUCCGCACUGCACCGGUUUUACUAACCCGGAACCGUACUUCCUGAUGACGGUGAAGCAGGUCCUGAAAUCCAAAGGCAUUGAGUGAAGUCAGACAGACCAAACCGACGGACAGACAGAAGGACUUCCGCUUAAAAAGCCUUGGACGAACGACUUGGCGGAAAAAAAAGAGAGCUUUUUUCCUUUAAAAGUUCAGCUGAAGGACACAGCUGGGAGGGGAGGGGGGGGGGAGGGACGGGCACCCUUACACUUCUAGCUAACAUUCUGACAACAGAAAAUUGUAUUUUAUUUCUUAAAUGCUGGGAGCACGCGUCUAUACGCAGUCGAUUGAUUUCGCUGCUGACCGUUUGGUUGUGAUGAACAAGUCUGUGCAAUAAUCCGCAGUGUGAGCAUUAUCUUUUCACGAGAAGCUGGCAGUACCGUGGACAAUGUGGGUUGUCAACUGUGCAAAAAUUGCACCUAAAUGUACGAUGUAUAUUUCUGGAUGUCGGAGAAAUAUAGCAGACCUGCACUGUGCAAGACAGAAUGUUGUAGCUUACCUGUGAUGUCACUGAGAUCGUGGAUAAUAGAUUUUGAUAAAAUCAUUCCCACCUAGCUUUAGCCUUUGCAACAUGUUAUUUCUGAUGUGUCUGUUCAUGAGUACCUUGUGUAAAAAAAUUAAGAAAUAAAAACUUUUGAAAGCC